UGACUGACGGGUGUCCCUCUAAUUGGAAACGAGCGCACUGGGCACCGCCCAUCCUAGCGUCAUCUAUCUCGUCUGUCUGUCUACAAACCAAACCUCACACUCCACUCAGCCAGCAAGUUUGUUUGUGUAAGGGAACGUGUGCUACCUCCCGGCUGUGAUGGCAGCAGUAACAGACAAGGAGCCAUGGUUUGCUGACCAUGUGACUAAGGUGGCACUGCACAUCUCCUGUGAGAAUCUGCCGGAUGUGGAAAUGUUCUCAAAGUGUGACCCUCUGUGUGUGCUUUACAUGAACAGCUCAGGACCUCACUGGUGUGAGAUUGGCCGGACGGAGAAAAUCAAGAAUUGCCUUAAUCCCAAGUUCUCCAAGACUUUUGUCAUUGACUACUACUUUGAGAUGGUGCAGAAGCUGAGGUUUGAAGUGUACGACAUUGACAAGGAAGACCACAGUCUGCAAGAUGCGGACCUCCUGGGAGAACUGGAGUGUACCUUGGGAGAGAUUGUGUCCUCAAGGAAACUAACAAGACCACUUGUCAUGACGGACAAGAGACCAGCAGGGAAAGGAACCAUCACUAUAUGUGCUGAAGAAAGAACAGACAACAGGGUGGUGGAAUUCAAAGUUGCUGGUAGAAAUCUGGAUAGAAAGACUUACUUCAGUAAGUCCGACCCUUUCCUGGAAUUCUACAAGGAGACAGAAACUGGAUGGCAGCUCGUGCACAGGACGGAGGUGGUGAGAAACACCCUAAACCCAGUAUGGAAACCGUUCCGUAUCCCAAUGCAGUCACUCUGUGGAGGUGACAUGGAGAGACCUACUAUAAAGGUAGAUUGUUAUGACUACAACAGCAGCGGAUCUCACGACCAUAUUGGAUUAUUUGAGACCACACUCUCUGAAAUGCUGCAGGCAUCACAAGCAUAUGAGGUGAACUCUCUCUCUAAAAACAGGAUGAAAGGAAUCCAAAACUCUUGUAAUAUCAUUAUUAAACACUGCAAGAUAGUGAAGGAGUAUUCUUUCCUUGAUUACAUAAUGGGCGGCUGUCAGAUUCACAUGACUAUUGGUAUUGAUUUCACAGGAUCCAACGGGGAUCCCAGCUCCCCCAAGUCCCUCCAUUACAUCAACCCUGAGGGCUGUAAUGAGUACCAGGCAGCUAUCCGGGCAGUGGGAAACAUCAUCCAGGACUAUGGCAGUGACAAGAUGUUCCCUGCUUUUGGAUUUGGAGCCCUGAUCCCUCCUUCUGGGCAGGUCAGCCACAAGUUUCCCAUCAACUUCAACCCAUCAAAUCCAUCUUGUGCAGGUAUAGAGGGUGUGCUCCAUGCCUACCAGCAGUGUCUGCACAAAGUGAGGCUUUACGGUCCCACAAACUUUUCCCCAAUCAUCAACCAUGUAGCCCAUUUUGGCCGGCAAGCCAUGCAGCAGGAAACUGCCUCUCAAUACUUUAUUCUGCUGAUCAUCACCGAUGGACUGAGCACAGACAUGGAUGAGACUCGCAAGGCCAUCGUCAACGCCUCUCAUCUGCCCAUUUCAAUCAUCUUUGUUGAAGUAGGGAGAGCAGACUUCAGUGACGUUGAGUUCCUGUAUGGAGUUGAUGGAGUUGUACGUACUGCAGCAGGCGAGGCUGCCAUGCGCGACAUUCUGCAGUUUUUGCCUUUCAGGCAGUUCCAGAACUGUCCUCAUGAAGUGCUUGCUCAGAACAUCUUGGCAAAAGUCCCAGCUCAGGUGGCAAGCUUCUUCAAUACCAUGGGUUUGAGGCCACCCUGCAGUGACAGACCUCCUCCUGACCUCUCAGCAUCUGCCUCCACAGUGAUGUCUCCUGAGGACAACAUGCAACAUCCAGCCUGCAAUGAUGUGUAAAUACUAUGUAACAAUAGCAGAAAGCCAUAGUCAUUGUUAUUUUCAAACAUGUCCCAACAUUGGUUAAUAUGUACUUAACAGAUAUUUGAUCAAUGAGUUUUUAUUUGACACAUGUAAGCGUAUCAGGUACUGGUGAAAUGCAAUCCCACCGGAUUCCUCUCAAGCUAGGAUUUUUAAGAAGACUCAAGAUCAGGACCCUCUCAACCUACAAAUGAUCCCAUUCCUGUUUGGAUCUCUGCCUGAAGCAACUAUCACUACUCAACAUGUUCUGUAAAUACUCCAAAGCUAUUUAAGUCCUAUCUACAAGACAGGGAAUACUUUGUUUCCAGCAGCUACAUAUCUGAUCGAUCUAGCAUGACAUUUGGAGUUCCUCAAGGCUCCAUUCUUGGACCUCUGUUUUUUAACCUGUGCAUGCUCCUUUUAUGUUGUGUUUACACCAGGUGUGAAUGAAACAGUUGACGUGAGUGAAUUACUUUUAGAGUCAACGUAAAGACGCAAUUAGACACAAAUUUCUGCUGGGUGGCACAAUGUACUUGAUGCUAAUGACAGGAAAUACGCAAAUUAAGUGGCAUGAAUGAAGCGAGUAGCACAAUUUUGCAUCUUAAUCACAAGAGUUGAAAAAUCUAAACUUCAGCAACCAAUUUGUGCUGCGAUAGCCAAUCAGUAUCGAGAUCCUCUGGCAACAUAUGACGCAGAGGAAGUUCUUUCGUCCAUUCAUGCGCGUAUGACGUGAGAUAUUCGCACGUAUGAAAUGAGUCAACAGAAAUAUAUUCUAGUGUUCAAACUUGUGCGAGUAAGGCAAAGUAAAAAUUUGCGUCAUGUGUGGUGUAAACACAACACUAAGCAUAAUCUUAUAAAACAAUAAUACUACUUAUCAUAAUUAUGUGGAUGAUACUCAACUUUAGCACUUUCACAGACUGACUGCUCCAAUACACUUGCUGCAUCAAUGCAUUGACCAAAUAAACAGCUGUG